AGGAAGUCACGUGCCGGAGGAGCUCAUGAACCAUCGCAGAAGCUCCCGUGGCUUAUCUCACUCACAGAGGAGUGGUGGACCAUCAGGGGGACAUUGGAGGCAGAGCAUUAAAGAGCAAGGGCAAAACAAAAGCAAUGCCCAAGGGACAGAUGUCUACCCGUCACAGAGGAGUGGGGUGCCAACAGGAAGGCAGUGGAGACAAAGCAAUAAAGAGCGAUGGCAAAAUGAAAGUAAAGUCCCUGUUGCAGAGGUGGAAGAAGAAGACCAGAAACCUGGACCACAGGUAAAGGAAACAGUCCCCAGAGGGGUCUGCCAGACCAUGUGCCCUACUCAAGAGUUGUGGGACCGCGAGAAACAGAAUCGGCUUCAUCGUUUUGAAAUGGUAUUAGGCACAGAGAAAGAUCGAAGGCCAAGGGGUGACCCUUUACGAGCUGUCAAAGAAUACUCCAGGCCAGCAGCUGGGAAAGAUGCAACAAACCCUCCUGACCUACGACCACCUGCUGUUUUGCUCAAAACUGUUUGUUACCUCAUUGAUGACAUUGCAACCUCUCCUAAUCUGCAACCAUGGACUGAGGUGUACAACUUUGUCUUUGAUCGGUUGCGUAGUGUGAAACAAGAUAUGAUCAUCCAGAGGGUGUCUGGAUUGGACUGUGUGGCUAUUUUAGAGCGUGCAGUCCGUUUCCUCAUCUAUGCUUCUUAUUGUCUUUGUGGGGAGCCACUGCGUCUUUAUGACCCAAGCAUCAACGACACACACCUACAAGAAUACCUGAGCUGGCUGUUGGAUUGCUACAAAACUGGAACAGAACCAUACCCCAACCAGGAAGAAUUCCACGCUCUUGAUUUGCUCUACAACUUGGGUUCAGGCCGUGCAAUGCAGCACAUUUUGGAAGUCCCGAAGCAGCACCGCAGCACUCCUUCCAUCACACUGGCCCUUUCAAUCAACCAAGCUUUUCUGGAGAGAAAUCCUUUACGCUUACUCCGAUUGGCUCAGAAGCUGAACUUUCUGCAAACCUGUGCACUCCACCGUCACCUGGUGAAAUGUCGCAGAGAUCUAUUGCUGAUAUACAGCCAUGGGUACAGCAGCCGCAAUUGCCGCUUUCCUCUUCACAGACUGUCUAAACUCUUGUCCUUAGACAUUUCACUCACAUCUCAACUUUGUCAGGUGUAUGGCUUGGAGGUCAGUCAGGACAAGCAAGUGAUCUUCUCCAAAGCUGCUUUUAAUGAGCCUGAGCAAGGAAAACUGCACUGUAAACUGUAUCACAGUAUAGUGGCUGACAAACAGAAAGGCCUCACUAUUGGGAACAUCAUUCACGGCAAUGCGUUUGUGUGAAUUCUCAGGGACCCAGGUCAAGAUAUUGUUUUAUUAUGGAAUGUGAAUCGUGACAGCCAAAAAAGACCCUCGCUACUAAAGGGUUCUUGUGGGAUUUAAAUUUACCUCAGUUUUGAGUUGUAGAGAAGCAGCGGAAAUUCAGAAAUGGCCAGUUUGCCUGCCAUGUUCUUUUCUUGAUUUUAAAUGUUUCUUUUAAAGUUAUUAUUAAAACCGAAGUCAAGUUGAACCGUUGAUCCCUGCUCUUUUUUUCAUCACAACAGCACUCUAAACAAUUCAUUACAUUUUGUUAACCAGUUAAACCACGUUCUUUACGGUAGUUUACAUCUAUGUCAGUUCAUUACUUGAGGGCAGCAUAUAUCUGCGGUGUCCUAAAUGUGUCUUAAAUUGUAAUAGUCCUUUAUCAACUGUGUUUGCUUUUUUUUUUUGCUUUUUUUUUUUAAAGGACAACAAACCAAAAGGGACUUUUGUAUUUUUUUAAAUAAUUUGUCAGAUGAAAUAAACUCCUGAAUUGUA